UUGCAGUUUAAUCACUUCCGUGUUGGUUUCACAACAGAGAGCGGAAGGUUGCCGCUUGAUUUAUGCUCUGCUCCUUUUUUGUACAAAUGCUAGAUUUUUUUUUUUUUAAAUAAUUUUGCUUAAACGUGUACGUUAUUUGAACGAAAGAUUUGACAUUGCAAACGUUUUCCCGCUGUGUGUGGAGUUUAAAAACGCUCCCUUACGCAUUAUAGCUGCGUAGACGAGUGUCGGCGCCAUCUUUGUUUUUCACAGAACAAAAAGUGAAAGUACAUGUUCAGAGUUGAUGUUUCUCCAUUUAAACAGCCAGAAUCGAUUCUAUACGGAAUAUUAAAGUGUUUCAUAGGAACCUUUAUCAAAGCUAAGCCAUUAUUUACGUGUAGCUGCUUCAUAGAAAGGCGGUGGAUUUUGUGAAUCUGUGUAAAUAAGAGUCAGUGCUGGAGAUCAGAUUCUGUUUCAUCAUGGAUCACACACAAACAUCCUCAGAUGAAGAGUUUUCUUCAGGAAGCAGUUCAGUUCAUCAGGAGAGAUCAGAAGCAGAGUCCAGCUGUGUGUCUCUGAGGAGUGGAGUGUCUAUGGAUCAACCAGUAAAGUUUGAGAGUGGAGAUACAAAGACUGAUCUCAGUUCAGUUCAUCAGAAGAGAUCAGAAGCAGAGUCCAGCUGUGUGUCUCUGAGGAGUGGAGUGUCUAUGGAUCAACCAGUAAAGUUUGAGAGUGGAGAUACAAAGACUGAUCUCAGUUCAGUUCAUCAGAAGAGAUCAGAAGCAGAGUCCAGCUGUGUGUCUCUGAGGAGUGGAGUGUCUAUGGAUCAACCAGUAAAGUUUGAGAGUGGAGAUACAAAGACUGAUCUCAGUUCAGUUCAUCAGGAGAGAUCAGAAGCAGAGUCCAGCUGUGUGUCUCUGAGGAGUGGAGUGUCUAUGGAUCAACCAGUAAAGUUUGAGAGUGGAGAUACAAAGACUGAUCUCAGUUCAGUUCAUCAGAAGAGAUCAGAAGCAGAGUCCAGCUGUGUGUCUCUGAGGAGUGGAGUGUCUAUGGAUCAACCAGUAAAGUUUAAGAGUAGAGAUACAAAGACUGAUCUCAGUUCAGAUUCAGAUCAGUCCAGCUGUGUGUCUCUGAGGAGUGGAGUGUCUAUGGAUCAACCAGUAAAGUUUAAGAGUGGAGAUACAGCGACUGAUCUCAGUUCAGUUCAGCAGAAGAGAUCAGAAGCAGAGUCCAGCUGUGUGUCUCUGAGGAGUGGAGUGUCUAUGGAUCAACCAGUAAAGUUUAAGAGUAGAGAUACACAGACUGAUCUCGGUUCAGUUCAUCAGAAGAGAUCAGAAGCAGAGCCCAGCUGUGUGUCUAUGAGGAGUGAAGCGUCUGUGAAUCAGUCAUUAGAUUAUAAGAGUGAAGAUACAAAGACUGAUCUCAGCCAUGAAGUCCUCAACACGUUUAGAUCAAAUCUGAUGAAGAAGUUUGGUCGUCUGUAUGAGGGAACAGCGACGCAGGGAAACCCAACACUCCUGAAUGAGAUCUACACAGAGCUCUACAUCACAGAGAGUGAGAGUGGAGAGAUCAGUAAUGAGCAUGAGGUGAGACAGAUUGAGACACAAUCCAGGAGAGCAGCAACAGAGGACACAGCCAUCAAAUGCAAUGACAUCUUUAGACCUUUACCUGGACAAGACAAAGCCAUCAGAACUGUGCUGACAAAGGGAGUCGCUGGCAUUGGAAAAACAGUCUCUGUGCAGAAGUUCAUCCUGGACUGGGCUGAAGGGAAAGAGAAUCAGGACGUCCAGCUCAUAUUUCCACUGCCUUUCAGAGAAAUCAACUUGAUGAAGGACAAAACACUCAGUCUUUCAGAUCUUCUUCAUGUGUUUUUCCCUGAAACUAAAGAAAUGGAAAUAUCCAGUGAUGAAUAUAAAGUGUUGUUCAUCUUUGAUGGUCUGGAUGAGUGUCGUCUGUCUCUGGACUUUAAGAGCAAAGUGAAGCUGUGUAAUAUAUCUGAAUCAGCCUCAGUGGAUGUGCUGCUGAUGAACCUGAUUGUGGGGAAUCUGCUUCCCUCUGCUCUCAUCUGGAUCACCUCCAGACCAGCAGCAGCUGAUCUCGUCCCCUCUGAGUGUGUCCAUCGAGUGACAGAGGUACGAGGCUUCAAUGAGCCACAGAAGCAGGAAUACUUCAGGAAGAGAAUCAGUGAUCAGAGUCUGGCCAAUACAAUCAUCUCACACCUGAAGUCAUCAAGGAGCCUCUACAUCAUGUGCCACAUCCCAGUGUUCUGCUGGAUCUCAGCCGCUGUUCUGGAGAAGAUGUUGAGUCCAGCAGAGAGUGGAGAGAUUCCCAAGACUCUCACUCAAAUGUACACACGCUUCCUGAUCCUUCAGACCAACAUCAAACAUGAGAAGGACUAUGAGAAGAAGGUGACAGAUGAAGACAUGAUCCUCAAACUGGGGAAAGUGGCUUUUCAGCAGCUUGUGAAAGGCAACCUGAUCUUCUAUGAGGAAGACCUGAGAGAGUGUGGCAUUGAUGUGACAGAAGCAUCAGUGUACUCAGGAUUGUGCACUCAGAUCUUCAGAGAGGAGUUGGGCUUGUAUCAGGGGAAAGUCUUCUGCUUUGUUCAUCUGAGCAUUCAGGAACAUCUAGCAGCUCUAUAUGUGCACCUCUCCUGGACAAACCUCAACAAAAAUGUGUUUGACCAAAUCACCAGACAGAGUUUGUGGUCUAAAGUUCUGGACUGGUUUCAACUCAAUUCAUCAAAACAUGUUUCAUUAUCUGAGCUGCAUCAGAGAGCUGUGGAUGAGGCUCUACGGAGUAAAAAUGGACAUCUGGAUCUUUUCCUGCGAUUCCUUGUGGGUUUGUCAGUAAAGUCUCAUCAGAUUCUCCUACAACAGAUAAUGACACUGAAAAGAAGCAGCUCUGACAGCAAUGAGAAAACAGUUGAGUACAUCAAGAUGAAGAUCAGGAACAUUGACUCUCCAGAGAAAUCCAUCAAUCUGUUCCACUGUCUGAAUGAACUGGGUGAUCGUUCACUAGUGGAGCAAAUACAACAGUAUCUGACAUCUGGAAGAAUAAAGGAAGCCAAACCCUCUUCAUCUCAGUGGUCAGCUUUAGUUUUUGUGUUGCUGACAUCAGAAGAGGAACUGAAUGAGUUUUGUCUUGAUAAAUUUGUUAAAGGAAAGAAUGACCCUGAAAAUAUGGAAGUUCUUCAGAAGCUGCUGCCUGUGAUUAAAGAAUCCAGAUCAGUUCUGUUGAGUGAUUGUGGCGUCACAGAUGAAGGUUGUGCUGCUCUGGCUUCAGCUCUGAGAUCAAACCCCUCACACCUGAGACACCUGGAUCUGUCUCUGAAUAAACUAGGAGAUUCAGUGAAUCUGCUGUCUGAUGUACUGGAGGAUCCUCGCUGUAAACUGGAGAAACUGUGUUUGAGUGAUUGUGGCGUCACAGAUGAAGGUUGUGCUGCUCUGGCUUCAGCUCUGAGAUCAAACCCCUCACACCUGAGACACCUGGAUCUGUCUGAGAAUAAACUCGGAGAAUCAGUGAAUAUUCUCUCUGAUGUACUACAGGAUCCUGACUGUAAACUGGAGAAACUGUGUUUGAGUGAUUGUGGCGUCACAGAUGAAGGUUGUGCUGCUCUGGCUUCAGCUCUGAGAUCAAACCCCUCACACCUGAGACACCUGGAUCUGUCUGUGAAUGAACUCGGAGAAUCAGUGAAUCUGCUCUCUGAUGUACUACAGGAUCCUGACUGUAAACUGGAGACACUGUGGUUGGAUUAUUGUGGCGUCACAGAUGAAGGUUGUGCUGCUCUGGCUUCAGCUCUGAGAUCAAACCCCUCACACCUGAGACACCUGGAUCUGUCUGUGAAUGAACUCGGAGAAUCAGUGAAUCUGCUCUCUGAUGUACUACAGGAUCCUGACUGUAAACUGGAGACACUGUGUUUGAGUGAUUGUGGCGUCACAGAUGAAGGUUGUGCUGCUCUGGCUUCAGCUCUGAGAUCAAACCCCUCACACCUGAGAGAACUGGAUCUGUCUCGGAAUAAACUCGGAGAUUCAGCAGUGAAGUUACUCUCUGAUCUGAAACAUGAUCCACAUUAUAAACUGGAGACAAUAUACUACUGACUCUCAGUAUUUAGAUGUCAGUCCAGUGUCCUCAGGAUCAGCUGAUGGUGAAUAAGGAGCCGCUACAGAGACGUCACAGUCACACAAUCAACAGAGACUGAAGACACAGAGACGCACAGCAUCAUACUGUCAUGUGUGUCGUCUUUCACUCUCUUGUUUUAUAGGUAAUGGCCCAUGAAUCUGAGUGCAGAAUUAUUUUGGAUUCACUAGAUAUUGUCUACAAUGUAGAUCAGGGGUGUCAAACAUGCGGCCCACAAAGAUAUCCAAUCUAACCAUGGGAUGAGUUGAACAAUAAUAAAAAAUAAGACAUUAUUUUGAAAAGUAAAUAGUGUACUUGUUUUACAAACUGUUUCAAGACUUGGGUUGAAGAUCCAAACACAGCUUUAAUAAGAGUAAUUCACAAUCGUAAUCCAAAUACCAGGUAAAGGGUCAAACAAUCCAAACAACAGAUUCCAAAACCCUGAAAACACAGGGCUUAUAUGCAGAGUUAGCAAUGUAAAUGGCAGGUAUGAACAUUAAAUAAAAAAUAAAAUAUUGUAGUGAAAGUUGAACAGAUUGCUAAUUGUUUUGCUAUGAAAUGGGCCCCAGGAUAUUUAUCAUCUACUAUAAUAUCAUAAUUGUUUUAAAUGUGUGUGAGCUGACAAUAUGUAAUUUUGACAAAAAACAAAAACACAUCUUCAGAGUCUUUAAUUCAAAUUGGAAAUUCCCUGAAAAUGUCAUCAAAAAAAACAGUAAUUUCCAAAUGGUUCAAAAUAAUAAAAAAAACAAAAAGAAAACACAAUGACACUGUAACGGAGCCGACGAGACGUGAAGCGUACGGAUCCAUUUGCAAGCUUUUAUUCAAAAACAUGGUCAAACACAGGCAAGGUCAAACACCAGUAGACAGAUAUGUUGAGGGCAAGACACAAGAGUAUUCCGAGAGCAUGUGUGGGUUGUCGAUUGGCGAACAAUAUCCAAAGGGUUUGACAAUAGGGGUAAUCCGAGAACACGAGCAAUAAUCAAAACGGGGGCAAACAGAGUCCAAAAGGCAGGACGAAAGGGCAAUCCAAAAACACAAGAGCAAUAAUCAAAACACAGGUAAACAGGCUUGGCAAGACUAAGAUAUAGAAACUAGGAAAGGCUCCGUAAAGUAGCUAUCAGCAAAGACUGUGAUAACUGCUAGACAAUACUCGGCAAUCUGUGCAAGGAAGUCCAUGGUUUAUGUAGGGUGUGUGAUUGUGUGAUAGUUCUCAGGUGUGAGCAUGUGAUUAGUGAAAUGACUGCUGGGAAUGUAGUCCAGAGUAAAUGUGAAACAGUCUGUGCAAUGUGAGAGUCAAUAUGAUGGAGGAGUGACCUCUGGUGGCGAGUGAAUGGAAGUCCAUGGACCUGAUUCAUGACAGACACAAUGUAUCAAAUAUUUCCAGAUUAUCCUCAUGUGGAUUGGAUCACACUGCGACAAGGACGUGCCCCGACUUUUUAUGCCCUGUGGCUCAAAAGGGACGGAACAAAAAUAGGGACACAUGACAGAGCCAGAAGUAGAAUACAAAAUUUAUAAACAAAUCAAACUAUAACAAAAAAAAAUAGAUAUGUAAACAAUGUAGAAUGCAACAGUCAGGAAUUUGCUGUCCGUGGCCCCUAAGCUUAUUAAUCUGUUAUUUACCCUCUUCAUAUUUAAGGAGAUCACCAAUGUCGGGCAUUGCUUAUGAUUUUCAAGGGUGUAGAGUUUAGUAGAAAGUGCUAUGACAUGUCCCUACCAAUAUCAGACACUACUAAAUUGUCUCUAGCAAUAAUUUUGAUCCCCACCAAUACCAAAAAUCAAACUUACACUCUUUGUCAGGUAACAUGUAAAGUAUCAGCACUGCAGGAUGUUUUACAGUCAGCUACAGCAGCGAUUGUGUGUGGUACAGAUGGGCCACAGCAUCACAAGCCAUGAAUGAUGCUUUCUUUAACAUCAAACAGCAUAUAUAAUGAACAUUAAUGCUAUUCAUCAUAAUAACAAAUCAAUGCUGAGUGUGAGUUCGCUUGGUUGUCAUUUCGGCAUUCUAUACAGCAAAAAUUAUAUGAUUAAUAAGUACAUAUGUAAUAAUAUGUUUUUCCAUUAUUUUAACUCGUCAAAUUAAUUUAACUAUUUUCAGCUUCAUUUGUAAGUAAAGGAUCUGAGGUAUCCUUAAAUACAGUCUGUGUGUGUUUUGCUUCAAGAGAGCAGUCAUACAUUUGUGUUGUUUUACUUUCUUUUAUAUUCAUUUCUUCUAUUAUAAUAGUUUAUUUAAUCAUUUUUAUUAUUCCAUUUAAUCAUAUAAUAAUUUAUAAUAAGCAUCAUAGCCCAUUUCAUUGAUUCAUUAAUUGAUUAGUCAUUUAUAUUAUAUUGUUGUUUUUAUAUUUUAUUUAGUUAUGACUGCUUUCAAGGGCUAUUUGUCUUUAUGAAUAAGAAAUACAAGGGAAUGUUUAUGGAAACUCAAGGUUUAUGGGAUGUUGUUUUGAAGCAGUUUUGGUAUAACAAUACUUGCUGAAUGCGUGUUCUUCAGACGAAGUCUGAGCAUUGAAACAUAUGCAACUAAGACUAUUCAAUAAACUCUGCUCCUUUGUAGUUACAAAGUUACUUAUAGUUAGUAGAAUGUCUAAAGUGGACUAUCAAAAUAAAGUGUAACCGAUCUUAAUUAUCUGGCAUGGAGGCAUGAUCUAACAUGAGUUGGCCUAUACAAGGUUCAACUUGAUUUUUAAAAUCAAUUUAAUGUAGGUCAUUUAAGUUGAAAUGACACAAAAUAACCAGUGGCAGAGCUAGUGUUUAUAAAUGGGGUGGCCAGGGAUAAUUCAGGGGGUCCGUAGAAAAUCAGUGUAUAACUCCAGCGUGGCAUAAAAAAAGCAUGAAUAAAUUGAUUGCUGAUUGCUUCACAUUACCGCACAUUAGCUAUAAAUACUGUAAAUGUUAGUAUUUCUCUUAUUUCUACAAUCUGAUUAACCAGUACAGUGAAUUUUGUAAAUGGUGCUGAGAAAAUCUAAAACUUCAACUUCAAACAGGGCUGCCAACUUUUGAGUUGUGAGGAGUGAGAAUUGUUCAGGAAUAAUUAACAAGCUUGCGAUUAAGAAUGUUAUUUUUUCCCUCAAUUUUUCUAAAUUAAACUAUAGAGGGAACCCUGUUGUUAAAGUCACAAAUAACAGUUGAUUUGUAUACAAGUUCAUAUUAGAACAUUUUAAUAAUAAAGUUAUAUUUAUACAUUUUUAAUUAUAGUAAAACAAUAAUGAUAUGGGUAAAAAUAUAAUAAAUGCAAUUUUUGAAAAAUUUUCCUCAAGUGUACAUUUUUCUCGCUAGUUUAUGGACACUGAAUGGAUUUUCUGAGUGUCGUUCCUCUGUCGUGUGUGUCUUGUGUUCCCGCCCUCUUGUGUCCUUUUUUGGUCAUGUUCCUGUCCUUAAGUGUGAGUAUCAGUUAAUUCUUGUCCAGCUGUGUCUCUAUUCAUCUGUUAUUGUCAUGUGUAUUUAGUUCUUGCCCAUUUAGUUAGUUUUCGUCUGGUCUACUCGUUACUCCCGGUGUUCCUGUGUGUCCCAGCCUUGCCUUGUCUUGCCCUGUCUGUUUUGAGUUCAUUAAAGACUGUAUUUUGAGUUCA